CUGUUGCCCGGACCAGCCCAUUCAGCAUCCAGGUCCCUCAGCCUGACGGAGACUGCGCACCGAGGACGCCGCGGAGAGGGAGGGCAGAGGCUGAACGUUUGCGCACAGCUUUUCAAGCCCGGAUACAAGAAACAGACAGCACUAAGAAUGAUUUCCUCGCACCUGUUCCUGCUGAUGUUGAACUCCGUCCUGACCACCGCGGCGGUCAGCAGUUUCCAACAAGUGUCGCCGAAACCAUUCACAAGUGACCUGGAUGAGGACAUGGUCUCCCAGCAUAUGUUCAGAUUGUACGAGAAAUACAACAAGGAGAAUCGCCUCAAAGAGGGAAACACUGUUAGGAGUUUCAGAGCCAAUCGAGACUCUACUGACCACAGGAUGAUGUACCAACUCAACCUCACAACCCUCCAGGACACAGAGGUCAUCCUCUCGGCCACAUUUCACUUCCUGUUUGAGACGAACCCACAUCCAAAACCCUGGUUCUGUAAAGGCUUCAAGAGCCCAUCCUGUCGCUCCGCGGCCAUCCACCCAUCUCCACCCAUCAGAUUGAUACUUCGCUCUGUCCUUUCUGGGUCAGAGGGGUCCUUUCUAGGCAAUGUGACCUUCCACCCUCACAGGAGAGGGGUGUGGCAGAUGAAAGAUGUGACCCAGGUCAUAAAGGAAGCCCAGGACAGGGGUCAGUUGUUGGUGUCACUUCAAUUGGAUUUAGGGCAGCAGCCCCAUAAGAAAUCAGAAGAGAAUCUGCCUCCCGGCAGCAUGCCAUACCUGUUACUGUAUGCUGAUGACCAAACCUUAACAGAACCCAACAGUGUGGCAGCAAGCCUCCAGAAAUAUGACCCAUUCAACGAGGGAGAUUUCCUUCCCAGACAAAACUCCUCACCAGAGCUGAUAGGACGUGUAAGAAGGGAAACACAACUGAGCUCUGACCCCGUCCAGAACAAUGAGCUGCCUGAGGUAGACUACUGGCUCAGUGGAUACAGGAAAGAUGACCAGCUGGACAGUAGUUGGCACUUGGCUCUCAAACCCAAGCCUAAAUCAGAGAGAAAUGAAAAGAAGAGAAAGACCCAAGAUGAUACAUAUGAACCGCAAAUGGUCACAGAAGAAGCAUCACAAGAGGCCCACACAGAAGAUUCACCGGCAAAAAAACUCCAAAACAGUCACUCUGCCAAGGACAGGCGAAAGAAUGAGCGGAAAGAGGAGGGAAAAGGUGGAAAAAAGCACAAGGGAAGUGCUAAGACUCGGUCACCUGUUCUGAAUUUUGACGAGCAAACCAUGCGGAAGGCCAGGAGACGGCAAUGGGGCAGCAGCCAGCACAGAGGCUGCUCCAGGAGGAACCUCAGAGUGGAUUUUGCAGACAUUGGCUGGAGUGAGUGGGUCAUAGCUCCCAAGGCCUUUGAUGCAUACUACUGCUCUGGCACGUGUGGUUUCCCCAUGCCACAGGUGCUGAGGCCGUCCAACCACGCCACAAUCCAGAGCAUAGUGCGAGCUGUCGGGAUCAUCCCCGGGGUUCCUGAGCCCUGCUGCGUCCCGGAAACCAUGAGUCACCUGGCAGUGCUAUUCAAAGACGAAUCCAGGAACCCAGUGCUCAAGAUUUACCCCAACAUGUCCGUCCAGUCCUGCUCCUGCAGAUAA